UUCCAUGGCAUCCGAAUCCUCUAGCCUCUCAGUCACUUCACAAAAUCAUGGUGAUUCUUCCAAAACAAUAAACGUGGUGGUUGACAAGAAGGAGAUUGAACAAGAUCAAUCUUCAAAAUCUGAUUCCAACAUGCAUAUUGAUUUUGUGAAGCUAUCGAAGGAGGAUUCGGUUGACGGGUCAAAGGUGCAAACGCACAAUUUUUUUAGCCAUAUUCAAGUUGGUGGUUCGUCGUCUCAUUCUCCAAAUACUGACAAUGAAAAGAAAGACGAGAAAACCACUGAAGAGAAGAAUUCGGCGGCAAAAGUAUCUUACGCAUGCAAAUUUUGCAAUAGAGAAUUUCCUACUUUACAAGCGUUGGGAGGGCACCAAAACGCCCAUAAGGCAGAACGUGCUUUAGAAAAACAACGUGAACAAAGGUACGUAAAUAAUGCUUUAGGGUUAGGGCAAACUCACUUGAACCCUACUUACUUUCGUUAUCCUAGUUCUCGUUCACCUUAUGGAUCACUCGGGGUUAGAAUGGAUUCGAUGAUUCAAAAACCACCUUUUUUUAGCCCUAGGGUUACACCAAAUAAUUUUGCGUAUAGUCAUGGUGGUGCUGGUGGUGUGUGUUUGAGAAAUAGUAUGGAAGGCAGUAGCAGGGUUGGAGUUCUAGGUAUUGGUGGUGCAACUUCUUCUAGGACUGAAAAUGGCGCAAAUAAUAAAAUUGCUGCUUUUCUAAAACUUGGAGAGUCUUCUAAAGAUGUUGCCACAAGCUCAAACUCAGUCAUAGAGAAGAAUUUUUUUGUGGAUGCUGCUCCUAUCAAAGAUGAAAUUCAUCCACCAAAGUUGAACACUGAAGAUGAACCUUCAGAUUCUGAAUCUUCUCGGCUUGAUUUGACACUUAAGCUUUGA